AUGGCAGACGCAGCCUUGCUAAUUGAACAGUCCAAAAAGGCUGCAGCAUACCAGGCUGUCAAGGACCAUCUCACACCUGCUUUCCGGCAUAUCGGUAUUGGCUCCGGAUCCACGGUCAUCUAUGUGGUCGAAGCUAUUGCCGCCCAGGGUGCUGACGUCACUGCACUUAUGACGUUUUACCCCACGGGAGAUCAAUCGAUGGCCCUCAUCGAAGAUGCUGGCCUGCGGCUUUCCAGCAUUGCUCAGCUGCCACUGAAUACCAGCCUUGAUGUCUGUUUUGACGGUGCCGACGAGGUCGACGAGGAGCUCAACCUGAUCAAGGGUGGCGGUGCGUGUCUCUUCCAAGAGAAGAUCGUUGCCACAUCUGCCAAGAAGUUUGUCUGCGUGGCCGACUACCGGAAGCUGGCGCCGCGUCUCGGCACCAACUGGAAACAGGGAAUUCCAAUUGAGGUGUUGCCGCUGGCAGCGAAGCGCGUCCUGAACGAGCUUGUGCAGCUGGGAGCACAAAAUCCGCAGAUCCGCCAAGGACUCCCGCGCAAGGCUGGUCCCGUAGUCACCGACAAUAGUAUGUGGCUGAUAGACGCACCUUUUGCACCCCUGCAGCUAUCCAAAGACGGCUUAGAAGCGCACGCGGACGGCGAAAAUGGCAUCUGGACGGUGGACGGCCUGGCUGAUCGGCUGAUCAAGAUCCCCGGCAUCGUCGAGAUGGGCCUGUUCACGGGCAUGAACGGCUACCAAAUCAAGGCCGGCCAUGGAGGUGCACAGAAGCCCGUCGCUGCGUAUUUCGGCAUGGCCGACGGAAGCGUGAAGAUUCGCAAGGCGCAUGCUUGA